AUGUCAAAACGUAUCUUGCCAUUCAAGCUCAAGUUUCUUGCAAGCAUGGCAAGGCCCAUAGACCAAAAUGCAUCUAUAGUUGACCUGUUUUGGGCCGACUGCCUAGCGUCGGAUCCAGAUAAUCCUGGCCUGCCAAAAAAGAGGGCCGUGCCGAGCCAAUCUUGGUUUGAAGCUGGGCUUUUCUGCAAUUUUGCUUCUAAUUCUAAACUUUAUCAUGUGUGCAACUUACCAGCUGCUCAGGAAGUUACAGAAACAAAGUCGCCUGAAAAUGAAAGUGUCAAUCCUCACUCAACAGCAAUUGGGCUUAAACAAUACAGAAAAUGGCUCCAGAUGGCUAUAUAUACAGUCCUGCUUGCAGGAUUUCCAAUUCUUCUUCCCUUCCUCUGGAUUACAGCAACUAAAAGACCUACUUCAGACAAUGAAAGCACAUUAGUUCUAAUAUCAUUAUACAUUGCUUUCGGCAUUUCCCUUGCGUUUGAUAGCAUGCUAUAUACAGUUGGGCUCAAAUACCUUCCUGUCUCUACUUUUUCCCUCAUUUGUGCGAGUCAAUUGGGAUUUAACGCUUUCUUUUCCUACUUCCUUAAUUCUCAAAAGUUCCCUCCUAUUAUACUUCACUCUGUGUUUCUCUUGACUGUGUCGUCCACGCUCCUUGUUUUUCGACCCGACCCUCCAGAUUCAACUGUUAAGGGUAAGUAUGCUGUAUGCAGUAGGAUUCAUAUGCACCCUCAGUGGUACUGCUGGAUACGCAUUACCUCUAUCCUUGUCGCAACUCUUUUUGGGAAGGUUCUGAAAAUGGAAAGCAUUAAUGGGAUCUUAAAUGUGACAUUCUCCAUGUCACUUGUGGCAACUUGCACCAUUCUAGUAGGCCUUUUCGCCAGUGGAGAGUGGAAAACUUUGGAGGCAGAAAUGGAGGGGUUUGAACUGGGGAAAACAUCCUUUGUUAUGACUGGUUUGGACAGCAUUGUCAGGACAGAUAAUGUUAAUUGGUCUCAUGGCAUUGAUUUUGAAAGUGUCGUCUCUUUUUGCCAAUGUCAUUAG